GAGUUUAGUAUUUCAUACUUUUUACUCUAUACAACAAUUAUAUUUGAAAAAAAUAUUGUUCGUUAAAAGAAAAGAAAUUAUAAAUAAAAAGUAUAAUUUUAAAAUUGUUUAUUUGUUAUAAUCCAAAGACUAUUUAAAAAAUAUACAUUUUUUAAUGUUAAAUAUAAUAGAAAAUAAAAAUUUUCAAAGAUUCUGAAAAGUGAAGCGAUGGUUUUGAAGCUUAUAGACUUGAAAUACCUAAAUGGAAAUAUCGUGGUAUAUGUUUGAAUUGUGUCACUAAGAAUGGAUCACAUACAGGAAGUACGGCAGCUGGAGUUGCUAUGCAAGCAGUUGUACGAAUCACAAGAUUCUGCGCAUCGUGCAGAAGCUGAAAAAGCACUUGUUGCUUUUCAAAAUGCACCAGAUACACUUACAAAGUGCCAGCUGCUACUCGAUCGAGGAGAUUCUGCUUAUGCUCAAUUAUUAGCAGCCACUACAUUGACAAAAUUGAUUUCACGUUCUGCAGGACUCAGAUUACAACAACGGCUUGACAUACGAAAUUACGUUCUCAACUAUUUGGCAACUCAACCAAAAUUACCAAAUUUUGUGAUACAAGCUUUGGUCACAUUAUUUGCUAGGAUAUCUAAGCUUGGUUGGUUUGAUUCUGAUAAAGAUGAAUUUGCUUUUAGAAAUGUGGUCAGUGAUGUAGCAAAAUUUCUUCAGGGAUCAGUGGAACACUGUAUGAUAGGAGUCCAGUUACUUUCUGAAUUGACUUGUGAAAUGAAUCAAGUAUCGGAUGUUGACGCAAAUAGGUCUCUCACAAAACAUAGAAAAAUUGCCAGUAGCUUCAGAGAUACACAGCUAUUUGAAAUAUUUAAAUUAUCGUGUACUUUAUUGAGUACUGCAUGCGAGAAUUGUAAAAAUUUAAAUUUUACCGAUGAAGCACAACAUGGUCUGAUCAGACAGCUUCUAAAACUGGCACAAAAUUGUUUAACAUUCGACUUUGUUGGAACAUCAACGGAUGAAAGCGAUGAUCUCUGUGCGAUACAAAUUCCAAACAACUGGAGACCUAUAUUUCUGGAUUCUACAUCGUUAAAACUUUUCUUUGACCUAUAUCAUAAUCUACCCAACUCAUUGUCACCUUUGGCCCUCUCGUGUUUGGUCCAAAUAGCAUCUGUCAGAAGAAGUUUAUUUUCAAAUCCAGAAAGAGCACAAUUUCUAAAACACUUAAUUAACGGUGUGACAAACAUAAUACAAAAUCCGAGGGGUCUAAGCAAUCCAGGAAACUACCAUGAAUUUUGUAGAUUACUAUUAAGGUUAAAAAGUAAUUUUCAACUUGGAGAAUUGAUUUCGCUUGACAAUUAUCCAGAAGAUAUACAGUUGAUUGCAAAAUUUACAGUUCAAAGUUUACGAAUAUGGCAAUUUUCACCGAAUAGUUUACAUUAUCUUUUAACGCUAUGGCAGAAAAUGGUGUCAUCUAUUCCAUAUGUAAAAGCAGGAGAUCGGCAUUUAUUGGAUAUAUACACACCAGAAGUUGUAAAUGCCUACAUUACUUCAAGAUUUGAAUCAGUUGCAGUAAUAGUUAGGGAACAUUUGGAAGACCCACUCGAUGAUUUAGGAGUGGUACAGCAGCAGCUGGACCAAAUAUCGAUAAUCGGAAGGUGUGAUUAUCAAAAGACGUACACCUUGUUAAUACAACUGUUUGAUCAAGCUGCUAGAACGUAUCAAGAAUCACUGACACGUACAGCAUCUCCAACUCAACAAAUGGAAAUCACUAUACGAGAGGGACAACUCACAUGGCUUGUGUACAUUAUAGGUGGUGCCAUUGGUGGAAAAGUAACGUUUAACAAUAACGAAGAGUACGAUGCGAUGGAUGGUGAAUUGGUCUGCAGAGUACUUCAGUUAAUGAAUUUGACUGACUCAAGACUUGCACAAGGUGGCUGUGAAAAAUUGGAGUUAGCAAUGUUGAGCUUCUUUGAACAAUUUCGUAAGAUAUAUGUAGGUGAACAAGUUCAAAAAAAUCCUAAAGUAUAUAGAAGACUAUCGGAUGUUUUGGGCGUGAAUGACGAAUCUAUGAUACUCGGUAUUCUGAUCCGAAAAAUAAUAACAAAUUUAAAAUAUUGGGGCCGUAGCGAACAGAUUAUUUCAAAAACAUUACAGUUAUUAAAUGAUCUGUCUGUGGGUUAUAGCUGUGUUCGUAAACUUGUAAAAUUAGAAGAAGUACAAUUUAUGCUCAACAAUCACACAGGAGAGCACUUUCCAUUUUUGGGAAACAAUGUUCCUGUAACAGAAAUGCGUUGUAGAUCGAUGUUCUAUACAUCCUUGGGUAGAUUAUUAAUGGUAGAUUUAGGAGAAGACGAGGAAAGGUUUCACACUUUUAUGUUACCCCUAACAGGUGCAUUAGAAAGUUUGGGGCAAUUAAUGGGUGCUGCUGAUCCUUCACUUUUUGCAGCAGAAGAAGCGAAAAAAGCAUUAAUCGGCUUAGCGAGAGAUUUGAGAGGUUUAGCUUAUGCAUUUAAUACGUCAACGUCAUACAUGAUGCUCUUUGACUGGAUAUAUCCAAACUACACACCGAUUUUAUUACAUGCUGUGGAAUUAUGGCAUUAUGAACCAGAAGUUACAACUCCCGUCCUAAAAUUAUUUGCUGAAUUAGUACAAAAUAGAAGUCAACGAUUACAGUUCGAUGCAUCUUCUCCAAACGGAAUUUUAUUAUUUCGUGAAGCUAGUAAAGUGAUAUGUAGUUAUGGUAAUCGUAUAUUGAAUGUUGAAGUUCCAAAAGAUCAAAUUUACCCUUUAAAACUCAAAGGAAUAAGUAUAUGCUUCAGUAUGUUAAAAGCAGCUUUAUGUGGAAGUUACGUGAAUUUUGGAGCGUUCAGAUUGUACGGUGACGAGGCACUAGAUAAUGCGCUUAAUACAUUUGUAAAAUUACUUCUUAGUAUACCACUACGUGAUUUAUUGGAUUACCCAAAGUUAUCUACGACGUAUUACGUGUUACUAGAGAGCUUGGCACAGGAUCAUAUGGUUUUCCUCUCCACCCUAGAACCCAGAGUUUUCUUGUACAUUCUAUCAAGCAUCAGUGAAGGCCUUACAGCACUAGGUGCGCAAAAAGACUCCUAUACAGAUACAAUGGUUUGUACUGGUUGCUGUGCGACACUUGAUCAUAUUGUGACAUAUUUAUUUAAACAACUGUAUCCAAAAGGAGGCUAUGCAAGAAGGAAAAAUGCUGUAGUUCCGGGAGGAGGAGAUUUAUUCUUACAAGUUUUAAAACAACAUCCUGAGAUUCUUCAACAAAUAUUAAGUACCGUUUUAAAUGUGAUAAUGUUUGAAGAUUGUAGAAAUCAAUGGAGUAUGUCACGUCCGCUCUUGGGAUUAAUUCUUUUAAACGAAGAUUAUUUUAAUCAAUUGCGAGAAAAUAUUAUUAGAAGUCAACCAGUUGAUAAGCAGGCAACAAUGGCACAGUGGUUUGAAAAUUUAAUGGAAGGAAUUGAAAGAAAUUUACUUUCAAGGAAUAGAGAUAGGUUUACACAAAAUUUGUCAAUGCUUAUAAAAGAUAUAAAUGAUACUUUGAAAGGACCUUAUACGUCUACAAACGCUGUCUAUGAUAUGAUGACUAUAUGAUUGUAGCGAUAUCGCUCUCUUUCUAUUAGAUUCUUCUAGGUUCUUGCCUGCCAAAUGCUUGAAUGUGUGUGUGAGUGAAACUAUAAAUUAUGGUGGAUUUAAAAUUAUGGUUUUAGAUGAGUAUAAAGAUAAUAAAUUAAGUACAGUUGUUUUAUAGAAACAUUGUUUGGCUUCCUAUUCUCUCAUAACCUUACUUUGUUUUCCAAAUUCUUUUGAUCUAUGUAAUCAUUUCAAAUUUUAGCGUAACAAAACUCAUUCAUUUUUUAAGCACAUAUGUAGUAUAUCUAUAAUUUUAAUAUUAACGUAAGUAUAUGCACUUUAUCCUAAAUUUAUAGACAGGAAGAAAUAGAUCCUUUUUAUUACCUUUAUACUCCUACCACUUUGAUAUAAUACGAUAAUGGAACAUGUUUAUUCUUGCACGUAUAUUACCUACAAUGAUUGGCAAUAAAUAUAUUACAUUUUGUAGAUCCACAGUUCGUAUACAUUGAUACAUUUUUCAUAGAUAAAUUUGUGUUGAAUGCACAUUACUUUCUGAAAGUGAUUAAAAUAUUAUGAAUCUAUGAUUAAUACUUUUACCUCACUAUUAAUAUAAAAGAUAUAUGUAUGCCUUUCAGCACGCAUUUUUUUAAUUUCCAGUGCCAAGAAUCAGCUUUUAUACAUAUUGUUCAUUAUAUUUACACUUUACUUUAAAUAAAUAUCAUAUCGUUUUACUUAUUAAAUAAUAUUGGAAGAUGUAGUAUAGAAUAGGAAGCCAACUAUAUGAAUUACUAUCAUACAUUUUGUUCCAUAUUACUUUUACAUGCAGCAGACUUCCAUUUAUUUAAACGUAUUCAUUAUUUAAAUAUUUUUUAUUAUGAAAUAUAUAUGUCACAAUUGUAUGAACAAUUUUUAACGAUAAUGGUACAAAAUUGAUGGAGUCACUAUAAAGAGAAGUAUUAACGUAUCAAUUAUUUGAGAAACUGAACUACUUAAGUCUUUAUGUUAACGAGUGAAGCAUUCAUAAUACCAUACCAUAGGAGUCGUUAUUACAUUGAUGACUGCGAAAAUUCCCUUACAAAUGUAUUUUGUUACUAUUAUUACGUAAUUAUAAGUGUCAUUGAUAAUAUUUUAUUCAAACAAAAUCUGUAUUAAACAUAUGUUGCAAAAAACUAUAGUCACCUGACUGUUAACAUGCAUAUUGUAAUUUUCUUGUAUCUAUUUAUGCAAUGCAAAGUACGGUACGGAGUUUUAAAAUUACAAUUCAUUGCACUUCUGUAAAUUAUAAAUGGCUACAUAUUUUUCAACAACUUAAUUUUUUGUAUUAAGGUUAUGAAUAAUGUAUAUUAUUGGCAAACAAAUGUGAAUUUCAAGAAUAAAUACAUUUUCAUUAUACAAAGGCCAAUAAAGUUAUUUUACAAGUGACUAUAACAAUCAUGAUAAACGUAUAUAAGUAGUUUUCAUUUUUUAUUUAUAAUUCCAUUCUUCUUGCUUGUAUUGUUGUUUUGUUCUAUAUUUAUUUUCUCAUUGUAAAAUGCAUGUUAACAGUAGAAGGUUAACAAUUUUUUAUUGAUAUUAUAUUUUGUACUAUGAAUAAAAGUAUUUCGAUGUUUUUUGUAACUUUGGAAACUAGAUUUUCAAUAUAAAGUCGAAUUUAAUUAAAAUUGAUUUCAUUGUGUAUAGUUUUUUAUACUUGGAUAACAUUUCUUUUGUAGCAAUCAGAUUGUAUGAUAAUUUCAGAAUACAUUUUAAAGUCGAAAAAGCCAUUGUUAAUUUUAUAACAAAGAGUACUGCCAGAUCUAUUUUUCUUCAAAUGCAUCAGUAGUUGUCACUUUGUAUCUUUAUACAAAUUUAUGGUUUAUUUGAACAUUACUAUUGAGGAUUUGUUAAUUCGAUUACAUUGUUUAUUACAAAAUUUCUUCGUAAGGUUAAUUACAACAUUAAGCAGUGAGACAUGAGUACACGAAGAGUACAUGUAAAAAGUUCACAUGAGAGUUCUCUGUAAUAUUAGUUUGUACACAGUUAAUAGUUUGGUAGGACAUAUACUGUUUUUUUGUUUUUACAUAAAACAUCAUUUAGAUUGCAUCUACUCAUUUAUAUGUUUUUUUACUGUAAAAUAGUAGAGAGAAGUUGUUGCUAGAAAGCGACAGAUGUCUUUUUUUUUAUAACAAAUUUUUAGGCACUUUACAUUUAAUAAAUAUUUGUAAAAAUGUUAGAAAAUUACAUUUAUUAACCGACUGUCACAGUUAAAUAUCUACUGUAAACAAUUGUAUUGUAUAUACUUUUGGUAUAGUAAAAAUGUUACAUUUCA